AUGGCUCCGGAGAGGGGCACUCCACAACCCCCGCGGACAGGCUGCUCCAUCGCUCCGCCACCCUCAGCACAAGGAAUCUCCGCGCCAGCCCAAGCGCAGCUGCAGCAGGCCCCGCUCCGCUCCGCUCCGCUCCGUCCCGGGCCCGCCUUCCGCCCCCGCAGCCCGCCCAGGGCGCCUGAGGGGCGGGGGGGCCGGCGCCGCGCACGGGCGGGCCGGAGGGCGCCGGGAGCCCAGGUCGGCCUGCGGGGAGGCGGUGAUCGUGGCGCUGUCUCCGCAGGCAGCGUGCUGGACCAGAGCCUGGAGAGCCUCCUGCACCGCCUGCGCGGGCUGUGCGACAACAUGGAGCCCGAGACCUUCCUGGACCACGAGAUGGUGUUCCUGCUGAAGGGGCAGCAGGCCAGCCCCUUCGUGCUGCGCGCCCGGCGCUCCAUGGACAAGAGCGGGAUGCCCUGGCACCUGCGCUAUCUGGGACAGCCCGAGAUCGGCGACAAGAACCGCCACGCGCUGGUGCGCAACUGCGUGGACAUCGCCACCUCCGACAACCUGACGGACUUCCUGGUGGAGAUGGGCUUCCGCAUGGACCACGAGUUCGUGGCCAAAGGGCACGUGUUCCGCAAGGGCAUCAUGAAGAUCGUGGUGUACAAGAUCUUCCGCAUUCUGAUGCCGGGAAACACGGAGAGCAUUGAGCCGCUCUCCCUCUCCUACUUGGUGGAGCUCAACGUGGUUGCGCCAGCAGGGCAGGACAUUGUUUCUGAUGACAUGAGGAACUUUGCUGAGCAGCUGAAGCCUCUAGUACACCUGGAGAAAAUUGACCCCAAAAGACUAAUGUGAUUGAAAAUCUAGGCGAUUAAAGCAGUGGUUUUGUGCUUCAGAAAAGGAUGUUUUUCUAAAAAGCUUUUUUGUGGGCAAAUCAAAAUCGGGAGAAGGGAAUAAAGUACUAUCUAUAAGUUUUGUCAGUUGCGAUUACUGAGUGUUUGUUUCCUUCACUUGUGAAUAUGAACAAAUGUGAUCACGUUAAAUUAGCACUGUUCAAAAAAUCAAGUAAAUGUUAAUAUUGAUAGUUUUCCUUCUCUUUCGUGGGAGAUACCUUAAAAAGCCUACUGCCUAACACACUUAUCAACUUACUGUAAUUUGUCCCUCCGUGUACCCAGAUCCCAAUGCUGUGUUAUGAUUUUUUUAGACCACCAUUUGUGUAUCCUACCUAGUCAUCCAAAAUUUUUCUUUUCAGUAAUAGGUG